AUGCUCCAGCCAGCCUCGCGCCCCGCUGCACCCCGAAUCAUCGGCACCUCCGCUGCCACCGCCACAUACUCGACUCGAGCUUCGCCAUCGCUAGUUCCUCGCGCUGCCCUUCGCGCCGCGCAGCCGCACCUCGCAGGACCUUCGCUUCGUCGCGGCCUUGCCACCGUGGCUCGCUCCGACGCUUUCGCCAACCUCACCUCGGCCGACGUCGAGGCGUUCGCAAAGAUCCUGCCCUCUCCCUCCCAGAUCCUCACCACCAUCGCUCCCGAAUCCGGUUCUGCUUCAUACCAGCCAGUUGACCCGAGCGAGCUCGACACGUUCAACAAUGACUGGAUGAACAAAUACCACGGAAGGUCGCAGCUCGUGCUCAAGCCAAAGACCACCAGCGAGGUCUCCGAGAUCAUGAAGUACUGCCAUGCGAAGAACAUCGCCGUCGUGCCGCAGGGAGGCAACACGGGCCUUGUCGGUGGCGGUGUACCUGUAUUCGAUGAGGUCGUCGUCCAGCUCGGCGGCCUCAACAAGAUCCGCUCCUUCGACGAGGUGGCCGGCACGCUCGUAUGCGACGCAGGCUGCAUCCUCGAGAGCCUCGACAACCACAUUGGCGAAAAGGGUUACAUGAUGCCGCUCGACCUCGGUGCCAAGGGCUCGUGUCACAUCGGAGGCAACGUCGCCACCAACGCCGGCGGCCUGCGCUUCCUCCGAUACGGCAGCUUGCACGGCACCGUGCUCGGCCUCGAGGUGGUGCUGCCGGACGGCACCGUCAUGGACACGCUCUCGACGCUGCGCAAGGACAACACCGGCUUCGACCUCAAGCAGCUCUUCAUCGGCUCCGAGGGCACCAUCGGCCUCAUCACCGGCGUCGCCAUCGCCACUCCGCGCAGACCCUCGGCGGUCAACGUCGCCGUGUUUGCGCUCGACUCGUACGACGCGGUGCAGACCGUCUUUGGCCAGGUCAAGAAGCACUGCGGCGAGAUCCUAUCCGCGUUCGAGUUCUUCGACCAGACGUCGUUCGACGUGGUGCAGAAACACGCCACCGCCGGUGUGCGCGAUCCGUUCGAGGCGAGGCACCCCUUCUACGUGCUCAUCGAGACGAGCGGCUCCAACAAGGACCACGACGACGAGAAGCUGCAGUUGCUGCUUGAGCACCUCAUGGAGGAGGGCAUGAUCCAGGACGGCGUGCUGGCCCAGGACGAGACACAGCUGCAGGGCCUGUGGGCGCUGCGAGAGAGCAUCCCCGAGGCGGCGGGCAAGAUGGGCAAGGUGUUCAAGUACGACCUCUCGAUGCCCAUCGACAAGAUGUACGCGCUGGUGCAGGACAUGCGCACGCGCUUCGACGAGCACGGUGUGCAUGGCGAGGGCAACGACGUCGGCGCCGUCUGCGGCUACGGCCACAUCGGCGACGGCAACCUCCACAUCAACAUCGUCGCCAAGUCGUACGACCCCAAGAUCGAGAGCAUCAUCGAGCCGUACAUCUACGAAUGGACGUCCAACGUCAAGGGAUCCGUCAGCGCCGAGCACGGCCUUGGUCUCAUGAAGGCCACCAAGAUCGGAUAUACAAAGACGCCCGAGAGCAUCGAGUACAUGAAGAAGAUCAAGAACGUCUUUGAUCCCAAGGGCAUCCUCAACCCGUACAAGUACAUCCAGAAGAUUACGACAUGCGCAGCCGCACACCGCCGCUACCAUCACCUCCUCUUUACGCAACGACUGCGCCAUCAGAUCAUCGGCAGAGCUGCUGCGCACUUUCGAAAGGAUCAAGCUUGGUCCUACAAAACUUGCGGGAUGUCCACGUGGGUUUCGCCGUCUAUGUCGCGGUUCAACCGCUCGGGCACGUCUAGCCAUUCGGAGCCCGAUUCGUCGGAGCGGUCUGCAUUCGCGCCCGAAUACGAGCCCGUGCAACUCGGGUCGUCGUCGGUGCUGAAGCCACUCACGCCUCCGAGCGUAUCGAAUUUGACGCCGUCUACGUGUUUGGCGAUCGGCGAGUUCAAGGAGCUGCUUCGGCAGUACCGUCAGCUGGAUGAUGGCAUUACGACGCGGCUCAAUCGCAGCUUUGCGCGCUCGCGAGCGCUGGGCCAGAGCUCUUCUCCCUCGCUCCUCUCCUCGUCUACAAACUCGGCCAGCUCGGUAGACCUUGGUACUAGCACGUAUGCGACGCCGCAACCCGCAGCAUGUGCGGCAUUCUGGCGCGAACUUGUGGAUGUGUGGAUCGGACGCGAAGAAGUCGUUCGCUUCUGCAUCAAGGUCGCCGACCAAACUUCCAAUCCUAACCCCGCAGUCGGAUCAACAGAUCAAAGGUUGGAUGCAGAUUUCGUGCCAACAAGUAGCAAGCAGGACAGGUGGAGUAGGGCAGAGAAUACAGCCGAGACGCUCAAUAGACAGCUGCACAACGAGCUCAAGGUAGAAAGCAUCAUUCGCGCUCGCAGCCUCGACGCCUUCAAGUCAAGAUGCAGGUUCUUCACACCAUCCCCACCCGCGGGGCCCGAGGGUGACCGCGAACGUGCAAUGUGGCUAGGCAUUCCAACCCCAGCUGCCAGAGCAAGCCAGCAAGGAGCCCCACUUCCAUGA